AUGUAUGAUUUUUACAGGAGCAAAAUUAAAGAAAAAGAAAGCGAACUCAACUCAUUGAAAAAUGACUUAAAGAAGGUCGAUGAACAACUUCAACGGGAGAAAAAUGACUUGGCAAAAGUUGAAAGUGAGAAAAAAACAACCGAAAAUCGAAUAAACACUCUGGAUAGAGAAAUUAAAGAUUUGACUGGGCAACUAAACAAAUUGACAAAGGAGCGAAGCGAUUGCGAAGAACAACUAGAAAAGGAAAAGAAUACACUGAAUGAAUAUGAAAAAGAACUAAAAACCGAAGAAACGAAACAAAGUCAAGCUGAACAAGAAGUUAGAAAUCAAGAACAAGUGGUACGCACAGCUGAAGCAAAGCUCAGACAAUGUAAAUUAGAAGAGCAGGCUGCUAAAGCUGCAGAGGCACAAGCUAAAAUCGACGUACAAAUGGCACAGACUGCAUUAGCUGAAGCUGAAGCGGAACUAUUAAUUGCUGAGGCAGAAUUAGCUGCAGCCACAGCUGCCAGUGUUGUUGUACCAGCAACUGUAGCUGCAGCAAAGGCUCAUUUGGCGACAUGCAAAUCGAGAGUAACUAAAAAUAAAACAACUUUAACAACGUGUAAGACAACACUAAAAGCAUGUACUGAAAAGCGUAGAAUUGCAGAAAAUAACCGAACUCAAGCAAAUAGCGAACUCACAAAUGCACGACAAGCAUUGCAGACUAAAAACGAUCAACUCAAACAACAAAAAGACAAAGUUCAACAAACAAAACAGAAAAUUGAACAGCAAAAUAAUACUAUAGAAGUCACUGGAAAAAAACUCGACGAUUUACGAAAAGAAUGUAAAAAGGUUGAAACGGAAUUGAAAGCAAAAGAAAAAACGUUGGCAAACGAGAAGCAAAAUCUUGAAAAGCAAAAUCGUCAAAUUGAUAAAUUAAAAACCGAAGUAAAAAAGUCGGAAGACCAAAAGACUACAUUGACUAAUAAACAGAAUCAAGUAGAAAAGGAAUUGAAAGAUUUUGGUCAGAAAGAAACAGAAAAUGAACAAAAAAGAACACAAACAAAAAAUGAACUAACUAACGCUCAAAAUGAACAAAAAACAAAAACGGAUGAAUUAAAAACAAAACAAGAAAAUCUGAAAAAACAAGAAACAGAUUUACGUGAGAAAAAUCAACAAAUGAUGAAAGCACAGAAUGAAGCUCAAAAUAUCGAAGAGAAUAUUAAGAUGUGCAAUAAAUCAAUUCAAGAAUUAGACGCCGACAAACGAGAAGAAGAGAAAAAAAUGCGAAGAGCACAACAAGAAAAAUCGAAUGCAGAGAAGGAAUUAUCAAAACUAGAGAAUCAAUCAGAAAGCCUUGAACAGGAACAACGACGAUGUGAAUCGGAAUUGAAGCGUUUAAACGAUGAGCUACGAAGUAAACAUCAAGUGCUAGAUGGUAAAGAAGUUCAAAUGUCAAAUUAUGAAUCACAACUGGGACAUCGAGAAAACAAAUUAUCAUCGAAAAAACAGGAACGGUUAGAAAAACAACAACAACUAGAUAGUGUUAAAGCGCAAUUAACUCAAAAUCGACAACAAAUAAACGGUAUUGAAAGAAAAAUGGUCAGUCUUAAUCGAGAGAUACAACAACAGGAGCUAGUUAAAUCAGAUGCUGAGCGCCGAUUGCAUGAAUCUGAAAAUGAUAUCCGCAGCAAACAAACUGAGCUUAACCGCUGCCAAAAGAAUUUAAAUGAUAAACAACGAACAUAUGACGGCAUUAAAAGUAAACAUGAAAAAAAAUCACAACGUAUUCAACAACAAACCGAUCUGAAAGCUAGUAUCGAUGAAAACAUCAACCGUGCUAAUGCAGAAUUUGUAAAUGUACGUCGGAAUAUUGGUGACCGAGCUUUGGAUCUCAAUAGUAAGAAUCGACAAAUAAAAAUAGCUAAAGAGAAAGUAUCCAAUAAUUCGAUGAAUAUAAUCAAACAGAAUCGUCCACAUGUUGAUGAAAAUUUUGAGCGCGACUAUUCGCCUGUACAUAUUAAUCAACAUCAGCACAAUACAGCAACAGGUUAA